AUGAAGCUGCUGUCGCGAGUGCGGCUUCAGACGCCAUGCGGCGCAUGUUUCCAGCUGUCAUGGCGAAAACAGCAUGUCAGGCUGCAGCGAAGGCUGCUUGCAAUCAGCGUCGAGGAAGCCCGACGGCGGGAACAGAAAGCGCAUGAGGACGCGAAAGCCCGCGGCGCAAAUUCAGUCAGCACCCACGUCGUUGAUUCGAUGUUCUCGGUGUUGUUUGGCCUUGGGAUCGCCUGCUGGUACUUUGACUGGUUCGCGGCGAGAGAGCAGACGCGCGUGGAGCGCCUGACUUCCUGGCUCCGAUCCCGCGAGGUUGCCGUUGUUGCGUUUGAGCUGGACAACGUCAUGUGUUGCAGGUCGCGCGGCGAGAGAGGCGUGACACUUUUCCAGCUCGAGGACUACUUUGCAGGAGUCAGCCAAGAAUUUGUCGAGGUUGCGGCUGCCCUGGCACGCCGUGGCUUUUUCAUGUCUGCUGUCGUGCACGGCAGACCUCACGAAGGGGGUGACCGCAGAGAUACAGUGCAGUCGUCGCGAUGGUGGCAGAGCUCGAAACAGGCGAAUCAGCCGGAGCUCGUGGACGGUGCAGAGCUUGCCAGAAAGCUCAUCGCGAGCCGGUGUCCUGAAGCUCUAUCCAGCUUCAAGGUUUUCACUUGCGUGGGUGGUCCUCUUCGUCUUCAGUCCAGGUCAGUGUCCUCCCACAAAGCUGGGCCUUCGGAGGAGGUCGGCAGAGUGAUGUCCAGCGUGGAUGACUGCAUCCAAUACAUUGCGAAGGAGCAUCGAGUGUCUGCUCGUCGGGUUGUUCUAUUCACGGCUUCGAAAGAGCUGGCUCGAGACGGAGCCGAUGAGAGCUGGACAGCCAUUCAUGUUCCGAGUUCUACCGAAGGCUUCCGCUUCGAUGACAUACAGCUCCCAAACGACGGCGAGUCAGGUUGGUUCGAGCUGCCAGAGAUCAUCUUCAACAAGGUCUUGCACUUGAUGCGGCUGGCCUGA